AACCGAAAACGUCGGAAUCGCGAAUCGAAUUCGAAUCGCGGACUUCAGAUCGCGCGGAAGUGAAGUGCAGCCAGGAUAUCCAUAUCCAUAUCCUUCCCCCUCAUUUUGUGCUAUCGUAAUACUCCCUGUGUUCGAAGGCUUCGAGAGAUAAACUCUUAGGUUUAUUUUCAGCGUUUGGAAUACACAAUCUUUUGGAUACACCGAGCAAUUGAAUUCUAAGCGAAAGUGAAGAUGCCUUUCCACCGACUGAGUAUUCUGGGGCUGCUGCUCCUCUCCUUGGCUUGCGUCCAAGCGGAUGUGGGAUACCACUACAACCGACCGACGAGACCCACGGCUCCUUCGGCUCCAGGAUCGGUGUACACGGGUCACCAGUUCAGUGCGCUGCCCACCAUCCACCCGCUGCCCCCGAUCCCGGCACUUCCUCCGCUGCCCACUGCCAGGGUUCCGCUUCCGAGGAGUCGUCCCACUGCUCCGGCCGCCAGCAUCGUUAGCCACUAUCUGCCGCCCAAGCCGGUGGUCUCCACCUACGUUCCUCCGCCGGUGGCUUCCCCCCUCUCCUCGAUCAGUUUCCACGGCACGCCCACCUUCAAGCCGGUUUACGGUCCGCCGCAGGCGAGGAUCACCCCGCCGGUGCCCACUCUGGCCACGCCCAUCGUGGUGCCGCCCACCGGACCGGCUGCCUUCGCGGCGGGCGGAAGCCUGCGGAUUCCCUUCGGCAAGCAGGCCCUGAUUUCCCCCGGAGAGUCGUACGUCUCGAAUGGCAGGCAGCUGAAGCAGUACGCCGUGAUCGAGAUCAUCGACAACGACAUCGACGAGACCCCGGCUCCCUUCUCCAGCUUCUUCGACCGGUUCGGAGCCCAUGUGGGCGCUCCUUCGGGGAACGGCAUCCAGAUUGAUUCCCGGGCCAACUCCCUGCUCCUGGAGCAGCAGCAGCUGGCCAUCCAGCCGAGAUCCCAGGGCGGAUCGCAGGCGGGAGAUGCCAUAGCCCUGGGAUCGGGAGGCCUGGGCUUCGUGCGGCUGCCCAACGGGAACGUCUACCUGGGAUCGGGAUCCUUGGGCUACAUCAGUGGUCAGCAGCGGGUGGCUUCCGUCCUGGAGGCUCGCACCCGGUCGGAGUCCACCUCGGAUGCCCUGCACUUCGGCCACGGUCCUCUGGGCGGAGCAGAAAACCUGCUGAGGUUCAAGUAGAGAGGCUACCCUCCCACUCCCACUCCUACACACACACACACACACGCACAUCUACAUCACAUCUAUGAGAAUAUGUAUAUUUUAUUGUAAAUAUGUAAUUAAAGCACCUUCUUGUUUGUGUAGACUGUAAGACUUGCUUAAACUAUCUGAGAUUCUUGUACAUUUGUCCUAUGCGAAACAUCGAAACUUGAUCGAGUAUGAAUAAAUAUAUAUGGUUAAAAUAAA